AUGGGUAGGCCACGGUCUUUUCGGAGCAAGGCAGUCCACUUUGUAUCUGAUCUCACCACUGUCUUGCUCAAUCCCAUUUCUGACAAACCCUCCAAAACCUCUCCUCCUCCUCCUCCUCCUCAUGCUGAAGAUGAGGAUGAGUCCAAAGGAAGUCAAAAUGAAUCAAGUAGUGAGGAGAGUCCCGUUAAUGUAGUUGAUGGGCCUGACACUUCUUCCUUUAGUGCAUUCCUCUACUCUCUAUUGUCAUCAGAGUCUGAAGAUACUAAUACAAAUGCAGAUGAGAAAAUUGAUAAUCAAAUGGAUAGGAGUAACCCAUCAUCUGAUUCUGCAAUCAAAGGAAAUGGUGGAAAGAGAAGUUUACUUUCUAAGGGGAAACUGUCACUUAGUAAAGUUAUCUAUCAAGCUGCGAGAUUUGGUGGAUAUCGGAGUCAAGAGCGCAAGGGUAACCCUGACAUGAAAGUUGAUGAUAGGAAUGACUUGGAAUUUACUGGAGUUGAGAUGAGGCAAGUGCAGAAAGCCGAAAAGCCUAUGGCUUUGGUUGAUCUCCCAGACAUCUCCGAACCUUCUUUACUUCUUACAGAAAUAACUAGAACUGCUCUUUAUGCUUCAAUGCCAGCGCUUGUUCAAGGACGGAAAUGGUUGUUACUGUAUAGUACAUGGAGGCAUGGCAUAUCAUUGUCAAGCCUAUACAGAAGAAGUAUGCUUUGGCCUGGCCCAAGUUUGCUGGUUGUUGGAGACCGUAAAGGUGCAGUUUUUGGUGGCUUGGUGGAGGCACCUCUAAGACCAACCAACAAGAAGUAUCAGGGAACAAAUGAUACAUUUGUUUUCACAACUACACCUGGAAAUCCUGUUAUAUUUCGCCCUACAGGUGCAAAUCGUUAUUUCACAUUGUGCUCCACUGACUUUUUAGCAGUUGGUGGUGGUGGUCAUUUUGCACUCUAUUUGGACAGUGAUCUAUUGAGUGGAUCAAGUUCAUUCUCGGAAACCUAUGGGAAUCCUUGUCUUGCACACUCAGAAGACUUUGAGGUGAAAGAAGUUGAGCUGUGGGGCUUUGUAUAUGCUACUAAGUAUGAGGAAGUACUUGCUCUAAGCCGUACGGAGGCACCUGGGAUUUGCCGAUGGUGA